GACGUAUUUUUUGGUACCGAGCGGAGAGGAGAUGCACACGGCACUCGAGUGAGAGUGCAUGUUUCAGAAGAGUUGGAAAACCCCCUCGUACAUUAGUGUCAGGACUGGGGGACGAGCAGGAGGAAACAUAUUACGGGGACCAGAAUUUAGGGGACAAUGCGAGUCCACGUGCACACCAAGUUUUGUUUCCUGUGUGUGCUCACCUUCCUCUUCCACCAGUGUAACCACUGCCACGGAGAUGGGCACCAUCAACACAACGGGCAUCACCAUGCCGACCACAAAAACGCCCACAGUGACUUGCAGAUUUCGGAGGCUCCGUACGUGAGAGGAGCCACUCUGUCCCCGGAGUCCAAGAGUCCUGACGGGGAAACUCUAGAGGAGGAACAACGCUACUUCAUCCAGGAGCUGUUCAAACGCUACGGACAGAAGGAUCGGCUAGACUACCAGGGAUUUCAGAGUCUGCUCUUUAGCUUGGGUCUGGGUGAAGUGAAAGUGGUGGAUGUGGAGCAUGAGGAUCUGGGUCACGACCACGUAGCCCACCUCGACAUCCUGGAUAUGCAGGAGGGGCUUCACUCGCAUUCGCCCACCACGGAAGACCAGAGUCAGGGGCACAAGCAUGGGCACGGUCAUCCACACCACAAGUCCGGCUCGCAAGCAGAUCAUGAUCAUAAUCACGCCGAGGUGGAUGAGAGUGGCCACAAACAUUCGGACGGACGUGUGCCGGACUCACAUGAUCACGAUCAUGAUCACGCACACGAUAAAGAGCACACACAUGAGCAGGUCCAGGUGCAGUCUAACCACAAAGACCUGUCCUCUAAACCUCACAGUGACCACGACCACAGUGACCAUAGUGACCAUAGUGACCCAUCAAAAUUUACCCAUCAAAACCACAGUGACCAUAACCAUGACCACAGUGACCAUGACCAUAUUGACCAUGACCACAGCAAUCAUGAAAACGAUCAAGCCAAUCAAACGCAAACCAGCACAGCCAUUCCUCCCAUCAACCAGCAACACUCCGCCCAACUAGAGCCGUCCGCAGUCCCUCAGGAGCCGCGGACUUCUCCCGCCCCAAGGGAAAAGUCCACCACGAAGCAGAGAAAGCAACGGAGAAACAAAACCACCACAUCUCCCACGCUCCGAUCCGAUGACCACGCCGGCGGUCACGGACACGGUCACAGCCAUUCUCAUAAAGCUAAGAGAGAAGCACCGUCGGGGCGCUCUACUCCGACCCCACCAGGUCCCAUCCCGCCUGGGCACGCUGUGGGAUUAUCUCAUCAGCACGAAGAGUGUCUGAACCUGACUCAGCUCCUCAACUACUACGGCCUGACUCCCGAAUCGCUCAUCUCGCCCAGCCAGUUCACCUAUCUGUGUCCGGCCCUGCUCUACCAGAUUGAUAGCCGCGUCUGCAUCCGCCAUUACCACCAGAUGGAUGUGGAGCAGGAGGCCUUGGAGCCCGUCAAUUCCCUGUGGAUCUGGGUCUGGGGCUUUGUGUCCAUCACCAUCAUCAGCCUGCUGUCUCUGCUGGGCGUCAUUCUCGUGCCCAUCCUCAAACAAUCCUGCUUCAAGUUCCUGCUCACCUUCCUCGUGGCCUUGGCGGUGGGCACGCUCAGCGGCGACGCCCUCCUUCACCUGCUGCCUCAUUCUCAAGGGAUGCACGACCACAGCCAGGUUGGGGUGACCCACGACGACGAGGACCUGCUGACAGCUUUCGAUGGGGUGUGGAAGGGCCUAACGGCGCUGGCCGGCAUCUACUUCCUCUUCAUCAUUGAGCACUGUCUCGGCAUGUUUAAGCACUACAAAGACCAGAGGGGCAUGAAGAAGGUUAGCGAGGAGGGCAAAAUUGGCAGGAAGUUGUCAGAUCACAAGCUGAAUCGGCGCUCAGACGCAGAGUGGCUGCACCUGAAGCCGCUCAACGAAGACCCCGACAGCACGGCCGUCUCCUGCGACAACGGUCACAACGACACGCAGCUAUCCGAGCUUCAGACGCGCAGCGACUCCCCCACCAACAAGACGCCGCUGACACACACGAGCCCCCAACACGACCACCCGUCGCCCAUCAAAGAGAACGGACGCAAGGUCAAGCAGCACGGUCACGGACACUCUCACGGUCACUCUCAUGGCGGGAACUGCCACUCAGAUCAGGAGAUGAAGGACGCCGGGAUCGCCAGCAUCGCCUGGAUGGUCAUCAUGGGAGACGGCAUGCAUAACUUCAGUGACGGGCUGGCCAUAGGCGCAGCGUUCAGUGCAAACCUCACAGGAGGAAUCAGUACAUCAGUGGCUGUUUUCUGCCAUGAAUUACCUCAUGAACUCGGUGACUUUGCCGUGCUUCUGAAAGCUGGCAUGUCAGUGAAGCAGGCCAUUGUGUACAAUCUGCUGUCCGCCCUCAUGGCCUACGUUGGCAUGCUGAUUGGCACAGCUGUGGGCCAGUACACACACAAUGUCACCAACUGGAUCUUCGCCAUCACAGCUGGCAUGUUCCUGUAUGUGGCUCUGGUGGAUAUGCUGCCAGAGAUGCUUCACGGUGACAGUGAGGAGCACAAGCGCUGCCAGCUGGGACACUUUAUCCUGCAGAACCUGGGCAUGCUGACCGGGUUCGGCAUCAUGCUGCUCAUCGCCAUCUUUGAAGACCGCAUUGUGUUCGAUUUUGGCUUUUAGUCGUCAGUGGAGGACAGUGAAGGAGGGAGGGACAGGGAGAGGGAGAGCUGGAUGUAUCAAUGUUGUUCUUCUUGGCCUUAACAUGCUUUGUUUGAGAUGUAACGGCCCCAGUCUUGCAUGCAAUGUGAGUCUCAUUCAUGGCCCGUGCCUCCAUUCCAAACAUGCAGCGUUGCAGUUGGCUUAUGCAUAUCUCUGCUAGUGACGUUUACACUUCUUUUAUUUUGCUCCUCCAUCACCUCCUCUCUUCUCUCGCUUGUUCCGAAAUGUUUGGGUUUGAGGCUGAGGCUACACUCCUCAAACAAAGAAAACAGCCUCCUUUACUCCUCUUGUAACGGUUAACUCCAUCUAAAAAAAAUAAUUUAAAAAACGGAGCUGCGAGAUAGUAAAAAAGGUGGUACAGGACGCAUUCUUGCAGAGAUGCAGCUGUCACGGCCCAGCAGCUCCUCGCCUAUCCAUCAUCACCUGUUGUUAGAGUGUUGUUGUCGUCGUACCCCCUCCCUCCACCCUCUCCCCCCUGCACCUCCUACUUCUUCGUCUCUUAUCCACCCUGUGCUGUGUCCUAUCAUCCAUGCCUAGUACAUCUGUGGUGUGUUUCACCCGCCAUCCAUCAUCAACUUUUGAUGUCAUCAUGCUGUGUAUCAAACAUCUCGUCUCUCUGUGCUAUGUCCUGGCCACUGGAGCAAAACCACAACCCACAGCCGCACAUCCACACAUCCACACCUGCACCGCAUCACAGUGUCCCUAAAAGAGACUGAAAGCUCAGUUUUAGCAAGCUACUGCAUCUGGAAUAAACCUUUUUUUUUUUUAGCUCACCUGCAAAAUGUGUUGACAGCCACGAAGCUGCAGUGUCAAAAAUAGAAAAGUGUUCCCCUGACCAUAUGAGACGAGAUUGUCUAAAUGGCUCAGUGUUAUUUUUUAUUUAUUUGUUUUUUUUGCUGCAUUACUUCACCUAAAUUUUGAUAUUUGGGAUUAAUAAACCUUUGUAGUUCAUAGUGAUAGCUAACACAGCUGCCAAAGCCUUUAAAAAAAAGUUAGCAUUUAAGAUUAAUCAGUGUUUUUGUUCAGAAACUAGAUGCCACAAGUGUCUGACCAACUCUUUUUUUUUUUUAUAGGUUUGACAAUCUGUAGCCAAAUGACACAUAUCCUUGUUAGGCCUUUUAUCUUUUUCUUCAACAAUCAACAGUUCCAAAAUGUGAAUUCAGAAAAAAACUAGUCAUUCUCGUCUUCAUCAAAGUGUUGUAGUUUACUAGAUUUGUUUAGUGUGUCUCUUUGAGUUUCUAAAAGGUGCUUUGUCCGGUCGGACCACCCAACAGCAAACAUUUAAUUACAAGAGGAGAAUAAAAGGUUGAGUCACACUAAUUCAAAUUUUUUACGUACUGUAAACGCAAGGUCUUUAUGGUGUCAGUAGUCGAGCAGCUAAAAGCUAAUUUUUGUUCCUGCUAAAUAGUUUCGGAGGUACUUCUGUCGAAGAAUCAGUUAACUCGUUGAUCCUGACAAUCGGAGACAGACCAAGCAAAAGCCAAGAACUCUCACAGCAGAACAAUAAUCUGUGUCAGCAUUCCUUGCACUUCUAAUGGAGGUUUAACACGAGUUAUUAGACUUGUGUUAAACUCAUAUUUUUCCGGGGAAUGAACAUAUUAGUCAUUUUGCUGACUGAGCCAACUGUGUGGAUUUUCAGUGGCUGGUGCUUGACGUGGCCUCUUCCCCCCCGCCCCGACAUUCCAUUGGCUGUUCUGCCGCUCACAUGCUAAGCUAGUUAGCCUAGCUUCAGCUGCUAGAGCACACAGAUAGGUGUGUGACUUCAUUUAUCCUGUCACUGUGUGACAUCCAUCGUCUAUGUCUUAACUGGCUGUAAAUCAUCGUCAGUCACAUUGAACUCGUGUAAAUGAUCUGACAGAAUCAUGCAUGAAGCAUGAGUGAAAUGGUACAGACAUUGUGUUGAGUGUAAAAUUGUUUUCAUUCUUUGUACUGCAAAGUUAAAAUAUUGACAACCUUUGUUACUUUUUAAAUUAAAUGUUUGUGAAGAUCAUGACAAGUUCUUUGGGGCCUUGUGUAACUAGUGUUACAAGACUUUUUCUGUUAGCUAAAUGCAAAUGAGGCAGGUGUCAAAUUAUGCAGGUGUUGUGUAGGAGUUUAACUUCUCUACUUCAUCAGUUAGAUCUCUUUUUAUAUGAUUUAUUUUAGGAGGCUAACUCACAUUUGUACCGUCUGUAACAGCAAUGCAAACAGUUAUGAAAUUGGACCUCAGUGUAUUUUCAUUCUGUGUCAUCUUUGCUGUCUUUAAAAUAAAUCUUUACAUUUAUUUUGUCAGUUUUUGAAACAUCUAUUUUGAUAACAUGUACAAAUUAAACAGUUUCCUGUCGAGUGUUUGUUAAGACUUUGUGACACUUAUGACACCGCCCCAAUUAACGCGUUUCUUCACUGUUUGUGUUGCAAAAAAAAUUGUCGGUAGAAUGAAGGUCCAUGAUUGUUCUCAUUAUUUGCUUUGUUGUAUGUAUAUUUGUUUAGUAAUCUGGAUCUAAAAAUGCAAAAUGCAACAUCUUUGCUGUUUGCCUGUCUGUGCAUUCUCCCCAUUAUGAAAGGAAAAUAAACUCUGA